AUGGCAGCUACGACAGUGGCUACGGCAGCAGGGGCAGUGGUUCUGCUGUACUACGUCGUGAGCAGGCGGAUAUCAUCGGCGGCGGCGGACGGAGAGGAUUCUAGCGGCGGCGAUUUGUCGGAGUCGAAGAGCCGAUCGGCCAAGAAGCGGCUGUCGCGGAGGCCGGCUCAGGCGCCUGCAACCUGGCUGGAGACGAUCUCCACGCUGUCGGAGACUCUGAGGUUUACGUAUUCGGAGACGUUGGGGAAAUGGCCGAUCGGCGAUUUAGCCUUCGGAAUUAAUUAUCUCAUACGGAGGCAGGGUAACCUACAAGUUGCAAGUGUAUAUAUAGAUGAAAACUCUGUGCAGCUGAAGGGCUCUGAAGUCAUCGAUCAAUUGUAUUACUACUUAAGACUGCUAACCCUGUGCAUGCUUUUCUCCAAAAAGCCCUUCCCCAUAUUCUUGGAAUCCGCCGGGCUAUCUGAGGCGCACGUCCUUCUUCAGAAGCCCAAAGCCGGUAUUCUGAAGCCUGCUUUUACUAUUUUACGUGAUGAGGCCUCAAAGUGCUUCCUCCUUUUGAUUCGUGGCACGCACAGCAUCAAGGACACUCUAACAGCAGCAACUGGGGCUGUGGUCCCCUUUCACCACUCGGUUCUGGAUGAUGGUGGGAUUAGCAAUCUCGUAUUGGGCUACGCUCACUGUGGGAUGGUUGCUGCUGCUCGGUGGAUAGCCAAGCUGAGUACUCCGUCUUUGCUUAAGGCCAUAGAGCAAAAUCCUGAUUAUGACGUGAAGAUUGUCGGCCACUCACUUGGUGGUGGUACAGCUGCAUUGUUAACAUACAUUCUCCGGGAACAAAAAGAGUUUUCAGCAGCAACAUGCGUUACUUUUGCACCAGCUGCCUGCAUGACAUGGGAGCUGGCAGAAUCAGGGAAGCACUUCAUCACCACAAUAGUCAAUGGCUCUGACUUAGUUCCCACGUUUUCAGCUGCUUCUGUUGAUGAUCUUCGGUCAGAGGUAACAGCAUCAUCCUGGUUGAAUGAUCUCCGUGACCAAGUUGAGCGCAACAGAGUAUUGAAUGUUAUAUAUCGAUCGGCCACGGCUCUUGGGUCUCGUUUGCCGUCCAUUUCGAAUGCAAAGGCAAGGGUUGUUGGAGCAGGUGCAUUAUUAAGACCAGUCUCCAGCAGCACCCAGGUUGUAAUGAAGCGUGCGCAAGACGUAGCACUUGCAGUUGUCAAGACCCGAUCUUCCAUAUCCUCAUGGACAUGCAUGGGCCCCAGGCGUCGCCCCAUCACUCCUAGGUCAAAUACGGAGAACGUGAACGACCUACCCGACUCCCCUCUUAUAAUUUCGACAACUACGGAAUCUCUCACAACUGAAGAAGUUGUAACGAGCACAAAUCCUGAAUCAAUAAAGUCCGAAUAUUGUUCUUCUUCUAGCGCAAGUGACGAUGAAGAGGACAAUCAUCUAAUGCAGGUUGAGAAAGUUGUCACCACAUCUACCACUAUCGAGGAAUUUACCGAAGGGCAAUUAUGGUAUGAACUGGAGAAGGAGCUCCAAAGGCGGGAAAACGAGCUGGACGAGGAAAUUCAAGAAGAGGAAGAUGCCGUGGCUAACGAGAUAACGGAGGAGGAAAAAGUGUUUGCAGAUGCAGUUGAGAGCCACUCGCCCAUUUCGUAUACGGAUGAUAAUCAGAAAUUUUACCCUCCGGGUCGUAUAAUGCAUAUUAUAUGCGUAUCUAACUCCAGUUCUGGUGAAUGGGGGUGUGAUGGUGGUGCGGACGAGGUGAGGGUCGGGAUUUACGAGACACGUAGGGAGUUGUACAGCAAGCUCCGGCUGUCGAGGACGAUGAUCAACGAUCAUUACAUGCCAAUGUACAAGAAGAUGAUGGAGCUGUUGAUUAAGCAGCUGGAGGACGAAUUGGAUUCUGGUAGUGUAGUUAGGUGA